GUUUUUGCAAUAGACGACCUCCCAAACAUAGCAGGUGCGGACUGCACAUCCACGAAGACAGACACGAAACCAGGUGUAUUUAAACGAACAUGGCGUCAGAUUUGCAGUGACGCGAGCGCUUGCUGGCACCGUGUGAGCUCACAGAUAUUUUUCGUCCUCAAGUAUGAAGCCCUGGGGGGCCAUGAAGGUGUCGCUUUAGAAUUGGUGUCUUUUGUUUUAUCAACUCAUUGAUUCAUGAUUUCAGAGACGGAGACACGCCGCCCCAAUAAUUUCGUGCGAUACUGGCUUUGCAUGGGUUUACAUAUCCUCUUUGCUGUCCUGAACGUACUACUCCUCGCCGCAAUCAACCACUAUAACAAACAAGGCAUUAUGUUCUCAGUCGCGUCUCAUCUUGAGAUGUGGGAGUUUGGCAUUCGCCAGUGUAUUCAGGGAUACUUCACCUUGUCACUCGCUGCCCUUGUUUACUUGGCUCAAUCUGUCACCCUUCCCCAUGAUCUAGCACGCUUCCAGCUUCUUUCUUCAUUGCAUGAUGUUAGGCACUCCUGGCGCAACUGGGCUACGGCUUGCUUGUGCUUUUCAUCUCAGUUCUCAUACCCUGGUUUUACGACUCCCAUAAGAAUCUUGGGUGUGUUUUUGUACCUCAUUUCCAUCACAAUAAUUUCUAUCCUGCGACCAUUCAUUGUUUCGCCUCAAACUUACACACUCGUUACCAAUGGUUCAUCAUCUACACAACUCGCGUGGCCAGAUCCGUCAAUAAACAUUAGCGCUCUGGAUUGGAAUAUGAUAACUUCGGUGGCCUUGCCUUCAAAUUGGACCAAGGGGGUAGUAACCACGGGGCUAUCAGGGGGAUUAUUGUACGACAAGUUAUCUCCAAAUCCCGGAUUCGGAGCUGCGGCUGUGAAUGCAACACUCGUAGAUGCCAACUGCUCCUUGUUGCCAAGUUCGGUUUGGUCUAAUGCUGAUGGCUCUCCCAAAGACUUUAUCGGUACGAUCCCUUGGUCAGAUCAGAUUUUAUAUCAGGACAUUAUGACUGCCGAGAAUUAUCUUACUUUUCUUGUUACAACGGCAAUGGUUGAAAGUGGAGCGGCGCUAGAGAAUAUUUCGGUGUCUAUGCCAUGGACAACAUAUGGCAGCAAUGGGGAUUUAGUAUCCGGCGCGCAAGUGGUAGGAUACAUGGUCGCAUGUCACAUGUCUCUUGAGAAGCACGUCGCUACCGUCGACGUUCAAUCCAAUUUGCUUCUGGAUACUGCGUAUAAUCCGGUUUCUUCGGAUAAGCAAUGGACGAUCUUUCCAGGGAAUUUUCCCUCCACAGGUCAGGGCUUGGAUUGGAUAAAAGCGCCUUUCGUCGCCAAACCGUUCGAAGGAACACCAGUGGAAGCAAUAUACUGGAACAACACCAUUUUACCCGGGUCGUGUGCAGGCAGCGGCAAUGCUAGCGCGUGCGGAUAUGUACCUGAAAGACUGCUUAUGGGUUUUCUGAACAUGACCCAGGAGCAGAUGAUUCCUACAAAAUUCGAUAAUAGCACGCCCACCUUCAAUUUGUCUCCACUCGAACUAGAAGGGGCUUUGUCCCAGUACUUUGGGAUGAUGAUCUGGACGGCUGCACAGCUUGGUGGGCAUAGGGGAGGGUUUGACGGGGCAACCGGACAGGCUGAAAUCAACAAAAAUGCAAUAAGUAUAAUGGUGCAUGUUUCUCAAGCCCCAUUGUUGGCGGCGAUUGUUGCCUCGUUCGUUGCUCUGGGUUUGAUCUUCGCAUUGGCUGGGGUUGCUCCCAGUGACGAGAGUUUCAUCGGAGGCUUCGGAUUCCUUCAUACAAUUUGGCUCACGACACGCCUACCGAAAACCGCCAAAGUCUUUGGCUCAAUUCCACACGACGAAUACGAGGGGAAAAAUGUCCUUCGUAAAAUCGGAAAGGGCAUUAAGGUUCAACUGGCGGACAACCCCGUGGAGGUUAUUGACGAAGAUAAAAUAUCCGGGAUGCUGACGACGAAUGAACCUAGUGAGAAUGAUAAACUUUGUGACCUUGAGAAAGGGAAUGAAGGCAAUGAUGACUCAGUGGCGCUGAUACCAACAAAAGUCGAAGCCACGGAGAACAUUGACGAAGACGAGGUUGAAGAUUGUGGUAAUGAUCAAGUCUGUGACCUUGAGAGAGGAGAUGGGGGCACUGAUGAGUCUGUGCUGCUGAUACCAGCAAGGGCUCAACAGGACGAAACCACAAACGAUGAUGAAGACAGGCUGGGGGAGCACAGGUAAGGAAUUAUAUGUACUGCCUGAUAUCGGGUCUACUCACCUGACAUUGUGUAGUGGUAAUGAGUAAGUCUGCGACCUUGAGAGGGGAGACGAAGACGUCGAGGAGUCAGUGAUGGUAAUAUUGACAUGGUUUUUGUCGACAAGAGUAGUAGGAACUUAAGUUAGGCUGCAGGGCAUCAUCCCUGCUUGAUUUUGUGCUUUGUACUUCAAGUUGACUUUUCAAUGCUACAGCAAUUCAACGA